GCCUGCAAAGCUCAAAGUGAUCAUUGAAUGCUCUAGGACUCCCCAUUUAAGCCAUGCCCCCUCCUGGAAAAAAUACACAGUUAUAUCCCUCAAUAUUUGUGAGGCUAAGUUGUUUUGUUUUGUUCUGACAUAUGCAUUAUUUAAAUUUCUAGUUUAUAAAAAAAUAAAAAAAAACAAAAAUGUCAAGAAAAUCAGCCUUCAGCGUUUACAAGGCACUUGAAGAAUUAAAGAAAGAAGAAAACUCAUCUAAUCCAGGUUCAUCAGAUGAUGAUCAGCCUGUUUUAAAGGGCAUAAGAAAGUUGGGUUCUACGCAAGACAUAAACAUAGCAAGCACUACUACUCCCAUACCGUCAGCAUUGUCAAAACGGGGCUUGAAAGGAGAAUCUCGAUUCAGUUCAAUUAGAAAAUCAUUACGUAAGAAAUCUCGUAAAGAGCCACAUCAUGAUGUUUCCUUGAAAAAACAAAGUACUAAAGAAAACAAGCUACAAAAGUCUGGUUCUGUCUUUCAAGCGUUUGACAGAUCUAAUUGGACUGAAAGCAUGCAAAGUUUGAACAGUUCAGCAUUAGAAGAAGCAUUUUUGCCAGAAGUUGUGAAGCAAAAAAAAGAACAGGAAGAACUUCAUGGACAAAUCUCAACCCAGAAAGAUCAACUACGAUCUAGCUCUGUUUCUGCAUUGGAAACUAAUGUAAAUAAGACACCAAGUAGAAAAAGAGCCAUGUCACAUACUGGUACAAUGGAGGAACCUACUCAAAAACCACCAAUUGCGAAGAAGGGAAGAGUGCAAGGAAAUAAAAAACCUGAAUCUCCCAAAACAAGUCAUAAAAUGCAUGAUAUGGAAAAAGAUUUGAAAAGUGCAGAGAAGUUGUUUUCUUGGGUAAUUGCUCCAAUAAAACCAGACCAGUUCUUUCUUGAUGUUUGGCAGAAAAAACCUCUCUUCAUAAAGAGAAGACAACCUAAAUACAACAAUGUUUGGUUCAGCUGCAAAGAAUUUGAUAAAAUAUUGAGACAGCAAAAUGUCCAGUUUACGAAGAAUUUAGACAUUGCUGUAUAUCGCAAUGGCGCACGCGAGACAUUGAACCCAAAUGGCAGAGCUUUUGCUCCUGUAGUGUGGAAGUUUUACCAGGAUGGAUGCUCAAUACGACUUUUAAAUCCACAGACUUUCUCCAAGAAUGUCUGGCAGCUGUCAUCAAAACUGCAAGAAUAUUUUGGUUGUUUUGUGGGAUCAAAUGUUUAUCUUACACCUCCUGGCUCACAGGGUUUUGCUCCCCAUUACGAUGACAUUGAAGCUUUUAUUAUUCAACUAGAAGGAAAGAAACACUGGAAACUCUAUGCAUCUAGGAAUGUAAAUGAAGUUUUACCAAGAUAUUCCAGCAAAAAUUUAUCACAAAAGGAGCUAGGUGAACCAAUCUUAGAUCGAAUUUUGGAACCUGGCGACACCUUGUAUUUUCCUCGUGGUGUAAUACAUCAAGCAGUUACGCCGGAAGAUUCACACUCUUUACACAUCACAUUGUCAUUUUAUCAAAAAUACUGCUGGAGUGAUUUCAUGGAAAAGUUACUCCCAGCAGCGUUACAAACAGCGAUAGAAGAAGAUGCAGAAUUUAGAAAGGGUUUGCCACUUGGAUUUCACAAUCAUGUUGGAGUAUCAUAUUCAGAGAAGCCAUCUAAUGAUCGCAAAUCUAUAAUGAAGAAUGUUGAGCAGUUGAUGAAAAAAUUAGUAUCGUACGUCUCGGUUGAUCAAGCUGCUGAUGAGCUUGUACUAGACCAAAUGGAAGAAUUCCUGCCGCCUUCUUUUACUUCAGAGGAAACUUCUUGCACGAUAUACGGUAGCGGUUGCUUCUGGGAAGAUGGCGAUGUGCGCGGCGAUGCUAAAUUGUCAUUGAGUUGUCACGUCCGUCUUGUCCGUCCUGGUAUCGUUAGGUUAGUUGCUUUGGACGAUGUUCUAGAAAUCCACCACACGAUGGAGAAUAGCCGUCAGUACAAAGAAACUACAUUGCAGAUGCUCCAAAUUCCACUUGAGAUGGCAGACGCUGCUGAAUAUCUUUUGUUCAGUUAUCCAGAGUACGUUCAAAUAAAGAAUGUCCCUCUUGAUGAUGAUGACGAAAAGUUAUCGCUUGCAUCAAAGUUUUAUUCGGCUGGAUUUCUGCGAACGAAAGAACCUCUUGUGCAAGACACUUCGAUGUGACAACAUACCGCACGCACUGUGUACUAACAUGGAGUGGUAAAAUCAACUGCUAGUCGAUAAUUUAAUGGUAAUUCUAUGCUAAAUUUAGCGAUGCGACAUCAAAGAACGAACCUGGUUUUGUAAUUGUUAAAAUGAUUGCAUGACUGCCGACAAAAGACGCUGCUUGGGGAUUUAUUUACUUCAGUAGUGCUGCAUCUCCUUAUCAUACUGUGUGUUUUGGAUGUGUUUAUUUGUUGCCAAUCGUUGGUGAAAUAAGAUAUGCUCAUUUCGUGAACAUGGAAGUGUGAAAUCAAUUUUUAAAUGAUAUUUAUAAAGUAUUUAAAUAUGGCUUUGUAACCUAAAUGAAUUAAAAAGGCAAGUUUGAUCAA